GCACUGUGAAUCAUCAACAGCAGAUUGUACCUCCACCACCACCACCACUUCCAAAAAUGGGACUACUAAAAAACUCCACCGCUAACACUACCAACAGCAGCUCAUCACCCUCAAAGCCCUCGAAUAAGAAGAAGAAAGGCAUUACCUUUCAGGAAGGUGAACCGGUGGUGAUCUACCGAGAAGCUUCUGACUCCGAGGAGGAGGAGGAGUUCUUUGAGUUGUCGCUAAAAUCUUCAGAGCUGAACUCCUCUUCCAAAGAAAAAUCACCAUCACCUCCAUCAUCUCAAAAUUCUACAGCCGACUUUGACGAGGAGCACGACCCUGAGCGGAUAAAGCUGCGCCAGCUGACAGAGGCCAACACCUUCUUCAACUCAAAUUACGCCAACUUUAAGCUGACGGAGGCGGCCUCGGUGGGCCUUGGCCGGCAGUCAAAAAAUUCAAACAGUUCUUGCGGUCCGAUUAAGUUUGUCAUUCAGGAUGGCUACCAGCAGCCGCUGCCGCCCACCAAGUACAAGGCCGCCGCCAAUUUGAACUUGAAAAAGACCUCUUUUGAGGAGAAAAAUAAUUGUGAUAAUAAAACUGGAGCGAAGCCCACCAGCACAGUAGUCAAGCCCACCUCUGCUCCGCCGCCACUUCCGCCCACGACCGUUUCUUCGAAACCAAUCGUCAGCCUAGCUAAACCGGUCAUUGAGGCGAAAAAGCCAUCGGUCCUGGCGUUGCUGGAGAAGACGCCCACAGCUACUACUAAACCCGAAAAACCACCGAAAAAUACCUCACUUUCAAAGCCGACGGUUGAAAAGCCAGCUAAAGAGGCUUCACCACCGCCACCGCCACCUGCAAAUAUUAUCAAACCGCCCUUUGAUACCACCGACUCAGCAUUACCACCACCACCUAAGCCUGAGCAUCUUGUACAGCAGCAGCAGCAGUCGUACAAUUCAGUCAGUUUGUUAGACGAAAACGACGGCACCAUUCUCCCGUUGGACACUCAGAAGCUGCCUGAAGAGCUGAAGNGAGAAAUGGCAGUAAACAGCAGCAACAACAACAGCUAA